GCGGUUAUACGUAAAUCGUUGACGUUAAGAUUGUUUGUAGAGAACGACCAUGCUGGAAACUUCGGGAAACAUCACUUAUAAUUCGAGAGAUUUCUUCAUGUCUUUAUAAUUAGGCACACACUAGUAACUUUCAUUUGGGAAAUCCAUAUUAAUUUAAGAACACCUUGGGAUCGAACCUUGACAACAUUGAACAUGAGCGCUAGCGGAGGGGGAGAUGAUCAAAGGGAGUCGAGAAUCCCAAAUAACAUGCAGGGGUUGGUACAGUUCUGUAUCGAACAAGGUACCGCCUGUGACAAUCCCGAUGGGGUAGUUAGCGGAAUGUCAGCUGAGAGACGGGAAUGGUUGGAGUCUGCUUUAGAUAAUAUGUCCACAAAUCCUGUCUCAAGGAUGAAAGAGGCACUUGUGAAGUUAAACCAACCUGAUGAUGAAGAUAAUGAAAAUUUAACAGACGAAAAAAUUGCUGCUCUUGAGGAAAUGAUAGAAUGGUGUGAAAAUAUUGAUUUAGCAAUAGAUUUUCACAAGAUUGGAGGAUAUGAAGUGCUGGCAAAACAGUUUGAAAACAGCGAGGCAGAAGUUAGGUGGAACUCCUUAGAGCUUCUUGGUGUUCUUGUCCAGAACAACCCCUACUGCCAGGAAGCAGCUUUAAAACAUGAGUUGCUUCCCCUUGUACUAGGCAUCAUAGAUAAUGACAGCAAUGCCACCGUCCGAAUAAAAGCACUCUACGCCAUCUCAUGUUUGUGCAGAGAUGUACCCGAUGCUCAGAAGGUGUUUGUUGACAAUGACGGAUUCUCUGUUGUCAUGAGAGCUAUGCAGUCUGAUGUAGAAAAACUCAAGAUUAAAGCAGCAUUCAUGCUGAGUUGUCUGUGUAAUGAUAAUCCUGAGUACAAAGAUAUUAUGUGCAACAUUGGCAUGAUCGACCAGCUUGUAGGACAUUUACAGGAAGAACACAGUAGUUACCAUGAACACCUUAUGUCUGCCCUGUUGACAAUCGUCCGUGAUCACCCAAGGGCGUGUGAGGAAUGUCACCGACAUGAACUUAAUCUCAUCAGCACGCUAAACGACAGGAUAGAGUUUCUGAAAGGGAAGGAAGAGUUUCAGGAGGAACGAGAAUAUGCGACAGAGCUGCUGAAUAUAUUACAGGAUCAAGACAGUUCGGAUGUGGCGAGAUGACCACAUCUACUACUAUAUAGGGCAUUAGAGGACUCCAGGUCCCGCCACUAGACCCGGGCAGUCACGCUUGUGGUGGCCAAGUAUACACAGACACACCUCAGCGACUAUAACCUUAACAUGUUGUGUUGGCGUAUAGCUCUACGACCAGAGUCUUUGACUCCGACAUGACCACUGUCACGCAGAACAUUGUUAGUCCCAUCUUCGCUAGCCAAGGCUUCUGAUUACGUUGCACUCCACGAACCCUUGGCAGAUAUAGGUGUUUUUAAACCGUCACUCCCUGGAAUCCCAGGGCAUCCAAUCAAAUAAGGUUUUACAUUCUGGCUUGGUUUCGCAGUAAACAAAAAUUGCGGCGCCCAGUACAGAGCUACCUUGUCGACUAUGUCAUGGCAUUUUACCUAAACACAGAGACGUACAAUCUUUGGGGAAUCAUUCACAAUGUUUGAUUAAUUGAUAGAAGUUAUUGAUCACGUAUCUCAUCAAAAUGACAAUAGCCUCCAUGUGUGUUUGUAAAGCCUUGGCUAGCGAAGAUGUGCUUGUCCUGGCAUGCAUGUUUUCACACAUAUUGCUGUAACUUUCAUGGCUUGCGAUUAUUUUGAAAAUCACUUCUGGAGGUUUUCAAUUAAUGCUUGUUCAAACGUGUUAAUAAUUUGGACAGAUUAUGACUGCAUAUAAAUUCAAUGCAAAAAUAUAUGGACACACUGUAAGUACACUGUUUGCCUCUGUUGAUGCUUGUAUAAAAUGCUAAAUGGAGAAAGCUGGAUGGAGUCACUAGGAUGCAUUCUCGUAGGGCCUACCAAAUAGUAAUGUUAUUUGUUUACACUGAUUCAGGUACAAUGUAUUCAAAAGUAAAACAAAUGUUUUAUUGGUCAAGGAUGUCAAAAGUCUAUUUAUAGUAACAGUGACCAUAUUUUUAUGUAAGGCACUUGAUAAAUAGAUAAAAGCUGAAAUCUAGCUAUUGCAUCUGUAACUUUACCUUGAAAAAAAAAUUGAAAACUCGGAUAACUCGAAGUUCUUAAGUGGUCUUAUCGAGUUCGAGUUAACAAAGUUCUAUAAAAUAAAAGUUUUAGUUUUUGGAAUUGGGGAAAGUCUUAGUUUUAUGAAUUUUUUUUUAUAUUAUGUCUGAUAAUAUUUUCUGAAAGAUUUUAAAUUUUAAUAGUUAUAAUCCCUUUAAAAGAGAAAGAAUUGUUUUUAAUAAAAGAAGAAAAGGUGUAUUUAUUUUAAUAGAAAUCUAUUGUUGUUAUUUUUACUGAAGAAACAAACAAACAAGUUACCUUAAAAAUCAAGGAUAAAUGAGUCGCGAGAUUGAUAAAGAAACAAAAUUGAUUAAAAAAAAGUACAUGUAUUUAUUUUAAAGACAAGUAUUGAUGUCAAAGUAGUAUUAUUGCUGAUUUUAAGUUUGGUUGAUGUUUAUUUGCGGUCUGCUCCCAGUCGCUGUGAUCUGUAAUGGCUGAUUUUGUUGAUAUUAGCUAUAUGUUUACUUGUUUAUACAAGUCUUAAACUAUGUGUUCACCUACAGAGGUUUUAUUGUGACUUCUGUACGUAGAGAGAUAUUAAAAUUAAUACAAUUGUC